UCUGCGCGGGAAGUGGAACCGCGGAGGAGAAGCGGCGCUAGGUGCCCCGGCGGCACCGGCGUCUGCUGCUCUGGUCUCUCUCCGCCGCUCGCUUCGCGGCAGGGCCAUCGCCGCCAUGCCUAUGAAGGGCCGCUUCCCGAUCCGCCGUACCCUGCAGUACCUGGGCCAGGGGAACGUGGUGUUCAAGGACUCGGUGAAGGUCAUGACUGUGAACUACAACACGCAUGGGGAGCUGGGCGAAGGCGCCAGGAAAUUUGUAUUUUUCAACAUACCUCAGAUCCAAUACAAAAACCCUUGGGUGCAGAUCAUAAUGUUUAAGAACAUGACACCAUCACCCUUUCUUCGAUUCUAUUUAGAUUCUGGUGAGCAGGUUCUCGUGGAUGUAGAGACCAAGAGCAAUAAAGAAAUCAUGGAGCACAUCAGAAAGAUCCUGGGGAAGAAUGAGGAAACUCUCAAGCAAGAGGAGCAGGAGAAAAGGCAGCUUUCUCACCCAGCCCACUUUGGACCUCGAAAGUAUUGCCUGCGGGAGUGCAUCUGUGAGGUGGAAGGGCAGGUGCCCUGCCCAGCCUUGGUGCCAUUACCCAAGGAGAUGACAGGGAAGUACAAAGCGACUCUGAAAGCCAGUGCCCAGGACUAAGGCCCCAGGCCUGUAGGCUAGGGUUACCUUGGCCACAGGGAAGCCCCUGGUUCUGUCCCCAGAGAGACUGAAAAUAAAAUGCUCCUUAAUCAUUCCAGCAGCAUGGUGUGUAUCCAGUCUGAUAGGCACAAGGAGGAAGGCCUGCAUGGGGACAGGACUCUGUGAUCAGGAAGGUGUAAGGCCACAGCCUGUUGACAUUCCCAUCUUGUUCCUGUGGCCUUUUCCUGGUCUCCACUGGUUUCGACGACUCUUCCAGGCCCUGCUCUGGAGAAUUAAGAGCUGCUGUGGUUGAGUCUGGUUGGAGCUAAUUGUGGCUGGCAGUGUGGAUAUCCCCUCCAUUCAGGCUCUGUGGGUAUUUCUUCAGAAACCCCAGGGCAACCCUUUGUGCAGUGCUCACUUUGAAAACUAGUCAACUGACGCUUUCCUCCUGAGGAGCCUGGCUGUGGAGGCUGCCUCAGUUUACUUUCUUGCUUGUUCAGUUCUUGAUUUAAGGUUUGGAAGAGGGUGUGGGGUUUCCUGAGGACCUGCCUAGUAGUACUUUCCUCCUUAGGACACUGAUAUUGCUGCCACUUUAGUUGUGCUGGUUUUAGCCCUUAGGAGACACCAAAGCCCUCUAGGGUCACUUUAAGAAUAGGUUUUUCUUGGUCAAAAGUAAAGGACCAGCUGGACUACAGACCCAUGGAAAAACAGACCAGGAAACUUUGCCCAAUGGGAGGUAGCAAGAAGGUGGGCUUAGAAGAGUAGGUUUAAGGUCUGAGUUCCUCUCUAAUGGGAGCCUUGGUCAAGGCCUAACAUUCUCUGUAAAAUGGGAAUAAGGGCAUUACUCCAUGAGGUAGGUAGCUGUGGAAAAUGUCGUGAAACGAGAAUGUGUUUUAUUUGAAUGUUGGAGAUUAUCCCAUUAAAUUGAGAAACCUGGCUCUUUUUA